AGUUUGUUUACAUUUGAAACCAAAUUCCAGUAACAACACGACAGUUUUCACAUACAUUGAAAUACAUUUUGCCAUGUAAAGUUAACAAUUUGAGUUAUACAAUAUACUGAGAAAUCCAGAAUGAUUGAUUGCAGUCAGUAACCGUGAUAAUGGAAAGUAAGCUUAAGAAAUCAUACUGAAAAAGAGUCUGUCAUGUCUGGUGCAAGAUACAAACCUGGGAGCAGGAAGUUCCCUAGACGUCGGGAAUCCCCAGCGCCAUCAGAAGGAUCUGUUGGUUCUGAGGGAGGAGUUAUUUCACGACAGACUUACCAGGCUCCAGAAGGAUAUGACACACCCAUCAUCAGACAGUUUAGAGAAUAUCUGGACAAUACUGGAUUGGAGCAGAACUUUAAAGAUCUGAUUAAACUUCUACUGGACAGGAAUGAACUGCCUUAUAAUCCAUAUCCUGGAUUUGUCAAUCGGUUCAGACAGUUUGGUGAAAAAUUUCACAUGGAACAAGAAUCUGCUGAGAAAAUUCAUCAUAAACUUAGAAAUGCGAUGAAGGAGACAUUUCUGCCAUAUCUGUUUACCGUUAAGAACCAUAACACAGUUUGGGGUUUGUCUAGUAUUCUCAAGGUUAUCAACCCUCAGGCUUUGUCUAAAUAUAAAUGGCUGCUUGAUGACCUAACGCCACAUCCUGAAGAUGUUUUAUCAUCUGGUGAUUAUACUAAUCAGGUGAUGUUAGCACUGGUAGGAUCGUGUGUAUUUGACGGAACAUUUUUCCCACAAGUCCACAGUGUAACGAUUAGGAAGGAGUACCUGGUAUCUGGGGAAGAUGUACAGCAGGGUGUGUCAAUAUUUGUUAAUUCCAUUAUGGCUGAAAUUGACAGCAUGUACAGCAAUCCAAGACAUAUCAUGUUAGGUAUAAACAUUCCUUAUGCUAAUGAAGAAUACCCUGAUGUAGUAAUGUUUGAGUUCUGGGAUCCUGAUAGAAUACAAGGAGACAAGGAUGAGUUUUUACAGAUUGUAAGUGAUACAGUUGUCAAUAAUAAGUACAUUCACAUGGAGUGUGUCCUAAGAAUCAGUCCUUAUCAUCCACAAUACAUGAGGGGUACUAUACAAUUCUCUUUGAACUUUUUAGAGAUAAAAGAUGACCUCAUUGAGGAAGGUUUGCAGAGUUUUGCUGAGUAUCCUAUGGCCUCUCUACAUGAAGGAGUAUUUCUAAAUGCAACCCAUGCAGAAGCUUAUCUGUCCAUCUUCUCACCAACAGUAGACCAAUAUGAUGAUCAGACACCAAGGUCACCUUUACCACAGAGUAGACAGGCCAAGGGCAGAGCGCCAACCAGUCAUGCACCAAGUCGUGCACACAGUCGAGCACACAGCAGGGUCAGCCAAAUAACAGGACAUAGUAGAAAUAGAAAGUUCUCAUCAGCUCAGGGCCAAGAUCUCACUCGUAUAAAACAGCAUGUGUAUGACAGAAUGGACCAUAUCAAACCACAGAAAGUUAGAAUUGAUGGGUUCCGUAUUGGUGAUGAAUCUUCAUAUGGACCAUUUGCCUGGCAGAUCACUACACCCAUCAAAGCCUACUUACAAAAGAAAAUGGCCAGUCAUCAGAUGCAUGCAGAAUUGUUUGAAGCUGUACUCUGUGGAAUUCUGUUAUGGCUACUGGACAGAGAAUCAUUUAACAAAGAUCUAACUGUUGAGUUGUACAAACUAACCCACAGUACUGCAGGAUCAUUAUAUCUAAUAAUGGAACAGAAUAAAACAUUACGUUAUAUACUAAAAGCUUUUGUUAAUAGACAAGAAACAGGACCAAUGAGGGAAUACCUGGCAUUGUACAGAGAAUCCUUCGUUCAUCUGUUCCUAAGUAGUUUAUAUGAGAGAAGUAAUGAACAGAUAACUGUUGGUAAGGUAGCAGUAGCACAGCUUGAUGAUCUCAUGCCCAAUAGUAUGAUUCAGUUUGGGUCAUAUGAUCAUGUGCAAAUGGCCCUAAAGACAUUGAAGAAUAUGAACUGGUACUGCAUGUCCCUUCUACUACAGCUCUCAGAGGAUAGUCUCAACAGGUGUCCAAUAUUUAAGGACAUUCUCAUUACCAUGAAGUCUACAUUCCCAGAUGUUAUACCACAACCUAUCACCAGACACAGGAACAGACAGGAUCCAGCGGGAGUUGACCUGGAAACUGAUGUUGUACAUGGCUUAGAGGAUGAAAAUAUUAUAAAUCAUGAAAGAUUAGUGAUAAACAUAGAUGAAUGUGAAGCCAAAGAUUCAGCUCCUAAGACAAUAUCAAGGGAAUCUGUUUUCAUUAAAUAUAUGAUAGAUACCCAUUUAGAUGAAUCAUGGCACAAGUAUUUGACAGAGUUGGUGACAGCAGAGUUUUUCCCUCCAAAUCCUUUUCCACGUCUAACAACAAUCUUUAGACAGAAUGCUAUGAGAAUGGACCUGUGUUUUGAGAGAGAUUCAGUAAUUACAGAGAAUAUUUUAAAUACUAAUAUCAAGUUAGAUGAUAAAGAAAAUUUUAUUUUCAACAUUCCUGGAAUUGAUGCAUAUGGAACACCAAGUGCCUUACAAGUUCUUGACACUGGAAUCUACAUGAACUUAAGUCAAAUUGUUUCCAUGUUGACACAACAGAACUACAUACAGAGAAAAGGUCCAUACAGGGUUGGUAUUUGCUUGGCAUUAAGUGGUCCUAGCAUACUAUAUGGUAAAAUGCAGCCAUAUUUAAAUGAAGUAGAGUUACAUGAACAUUGCUAUAUCAUGGGACCACCUGGAUGUCAAGGGGAGGCAGUUCAACUGUUUGCUAUGAUUGUUCAGAACUACCUUGUUGAUCUGAUACAAAAGAACAUGAUACCAGUAUCAGGUAUAUAUUUCGGUGAAAGUCAGAAUAGAUGGACAUGGGAAGACAUACUUACACUCAGAGCUGGAUUUAUAUCUGAAUUCUGUACAAUCUGUAACAGGAAGGGACCUAUAUUUAUGAAGGCCUUUGUUUUGAUGGACCAAUGGAGAUAUGUUCCAGUAAGAAAAUAUUUCCUACUUCAUUUUAUGACUGAUGAUGAAAUUGAAGGAGAAUUGUUUUUCCCAGACAAUCCAGUAGCAUUUUAUCAAAGCAUAUUCCUUAGUAGAGAUAGGGCAGCCUUCCACUAUCAGAAUGGUGGACCAAAACAGGGAGUGAAUCCCAUGACUGGCCCUAAUGUAAAGAAUUCUGUCAAUCAUUUAGAUUAUAUGAUGGCUGCUGCCAAGUCAAGAUCUGAUUGGAUAACAGUUCACAGGGCCCUCCUUCUUAAGAGUCUUAUUCAGCAGAAUGACACCCAUAUUGGUGAGUCCUGGAGAAUGCUUCACUCUGUGGCUGCUCAAGUGGAGUAUAUUAUAGCUCUCAUUGAUGCUAUACAGGAUCUGGUUCAGCUAAUUAUAGAAUAUAAGGAAUUCCUUACGAAAUAUGAGUCAUCACCAAAAACAGCUGCAAGUCAAAGAACGAGGGCAACACCUCCUCAAUCCAGAGCUCAGACAGGUCAAAAGACAGCUGAUUCACACAAAGCAAGAAAAGCAAAUACUCUAUUACCUAACUUCCAGAGUCCCAUUGAUGAAGGAGUAUUUGGUCAGAUGUGCAUGGUGUUCCACAGACGUCUGGUAGAGAUAUGUAAAGGGAGGAUAACUCUUGCUAGCACUGCAUUAUCAGAAUUUGUUAAAGCUAAAUUGAAAACAUCAAUAGAAGAGGAUCCAUAUCUUAAUAACUUUUACUUUGCUUAUGAAGACCAGACAUUAUUCCGUUUGGAGGAAGUGAAACAUAUGAUGAGAAUGGUGCAAGACUGUUUAUCUUCAGAUGUACAUUUGAUCAGUGACAAAGCACAAAGUGUUGUAGAUAACCUUGAAACAAAUAUGGAUGAAGGUCGACCUAGUUCUGUGGCAUCAUACAUACUUAAUGAUCCUUACAUGAAAAUUAAACAUCCAAGAGCCCAGAUGACGGCCAUAUUGGAAUGAUUCUAACAAAAAGACCAAUGUUAUUGUUUAUUGAUCAUGGAAAUGUAAAAGUGCUAGUAAGGCAUGGUGUCCUAAUGACACAUAGGCUCAAUUUUUAUGUAGCAUUGGGUAAAAUAAGAAUGUCUAGUGCCUAGUGUCUAGUCUAGUUUUUUGUAUUAUGUACAUUUUUAGGGGUCAAAUCAGUCAUUAGGCAAGGUACUGAAGUAGCAUUUUUUUAGUAUAUAAAUAAUAUGAGAAAUAAUGUUAUUGACCCUCGUCUCUUUACAAGAUUAUAUAUUUUUCUUUCAAUUAUUGGUCCUUGGUAAAUGUCUCUUAACAUUGUUACAUUACCUGUAUAUAGUUUCUGGUUAUUUCUAUCAUCAUUGGUUUUGCUCAUUGUUGAAGGUUGUAUGGUUACCUCUAGUUGCUUACUUCUACAUCAUUUGGUUAUUGGUGGAGAGCUGUCUCAUUUGCAAUCAUUCCACAUCGUGUAUAUGGAUACUCUGCUUUAUUUUAUAUGCAUUACAUGAAAUCCACUAUUUCAAUAUAAGUAAUGAGUUUAAAUCUGAGAUAUGAUGUAAAGCUCAAAUUUAUAGCAACCCUAAAACAGAAACAAAAAGUUGUAUGUUCAAUACUUUCAAUGUGUUGCACUCAACUAUAGAGACAUGUUCACUAUAAUGUAGUUUAUUUUAACUUAUUAUGUAUUAAGGUAAAAAUUAUAAAUGUAUGUAUCAUUAGUCCAUGCAAAAUCUGUUUUUUAAGGUGGUACCUAACACUACAGGGAGAUAACUCUGUAAAGUCAGCGAAACGUUUUAAUUAUGUUGUGUUGUAAAGGGAAUAUUAAGCUUCUCAAUGAUCAAAAUUGAUGUUUGUCAAAUUACUAUAUAAACAGUGUAAUUUUUCUGACAAAACGGUUGGUUCAAAAUUUAAAAAAAAAAUUAUAUUUUUGUUAAAGGGUCAAAGUAAAUAUUAUGACAAAAUUUGAUGAAAAUUAAACGAGCCAAAUUAAUUUGAGUGAAAGUGUUGGGUACCACCUUAAAUAUAUUCCCAAGAAAUCCAAAACUUAUGUUUUGAGUUUAACUGAUACUCAAUUUGGUUUAAAUAUAAUCUGAGGCUGCCAAAUAUAAAUCAUUUCUGUCCAUAUUUUGUUUUAUUCCAUAUUGUUUAAUGUACAUGCCUGUUUAUAUUUUUUAAAAGUUUUAUCAUUACAUUGAGUCUGACAUAUUGUAAACUGUGAUAUCUUAUGUGAAU